AUGUCCAUUUGGGGGUUGGUACAGGGAAUUAAGGAAUAUACUAUUCCUGCCAUUAUGGUACCGGUUUUAACUUUUCUGUUGACACUUUGCAUCAUCCUCGGCUUUUCUCUACCAUCCAAUACCCAGAAAUACAAAGACUUUAAGAAAAAGCACAUUCUUCAAAUAAACUGCAACCAAAUCAUCGACCAAAGAAACAUUUGGAUUAACAAUAAUAAAAACUGCAAACCUCUCUACACCUUUAUCGAUGCCAAUGUUAUCGAAGUGCAGAAGAUGUGCCAAGGCAUUGUUGAAUCUGAUCAUGUGUUAAGCCUGUUGCAUGAGUGCGUGAUACACCCGCAUUUGAUCCUUUAUUUCUUCUUCAGGCCAAACAUUCCUGCCAUUAUGGUACCAGUUUCAUCUUUUCUGUUGAGACUUUGCAUUGUCCUCAGCUUUUCUCUCCCAUCUGAUACCCAGAGUUUCAGUGACUUUUUGAAGAAGCACAUUGUUAGGGAAGGAGCAAACAUCAAUUGCGACCAAACCAUCAAAGAAAGAGAAAUCUGGGGUAAUAAUAAAUGCAAACGUCACAACACCUUUAUCCAUGAUACUGAUUGUAGAAAGGUGAGGGAGAUGUGCACUGGGAUCAGUAAAUCUACAACUGUGAUAAGCAAGGAAGUGAUGCCUCUUACUGACUGCUUGUUGAUGGAAGACUCGUCAGCACCCCCAAAUUGCCCUUAUAAACAAGAAAGUAAAAGUGGGAUAAUUAAAAUCACUUGUGAAAACAAUUACCCAGUGCACUUUGCUGGGUACACCUUCAGCUACUGUGCUUCGUAUUCUCCAUGUGCUUCGUAUUCUCCAUGUGCCUUAAUCAUUAUAGCUAUUUUCAUACUCAGCCAGCUUCUGCUCUUUGCUAUGAUAUGA